CAAAGAAACAACAAAUUAUGGAGUAAUUUUUGUGUUCCCUAAAAAUUUUACAGAGCGAAGACAAUGAGCUCCGGAGAGCAAACACGGCGGAGGUCAUGCGCCGCCUGUUUCACUGCGCUUUGUUCUUGCUACUCUCCAGUUCAUCAGAUGCAGCAAUAUUAUAGGCUGGGUGCCCUUGACAAUUGCUAUGAUAAAUGGAGUGCUCUUUUUGAUUGUUUGAGACUAAAAACUAAACAACCAUCAGAAGUGGAGGAAGCUUCGAAGAAGCAGGGCCAAGCUAAGCCUCACAUCUGGACUUUUCGAACACCAGAAGAAGCAACAGUUUACUGGAAUAAGCUCUUUGGGCAAAUUAUUAAUAAAAAGAAGUGAUAGAAACCCGAAAUACAAAUCACACAGGUGGAUGGCAUUUCAUUGCUUCUAAUUGGUUAAGGUUGGCGUUAUUUUUGUUUGUAGAUUCUGCAAUAACAUUUUUUAUGAAUUCUAGACGGGAAACAAUUUCAGUUUUCUUACUUCUAUUGAUUGGCGGUUGAUAUCGUUAUGGAGGAAAUCUUCACUGUAGAUCUUGUGAUAUUCCAUCUUGAAGGUAUGAUUUAUGCUUCUGCAGUUCUGCAAUAGGAUACUAUCACUUUUUGCA